AUGAACAACCCAGGUCACAGCACCCAACGCAACAUCACUAACCGCCCUGAAAAUGAAAACUGGACUACUCAGAAAGGUAAAAGAAACCUUUCAAGUUCAUCAUCUACCUCUUCCACCUCCACUUCUAAAAAAACUGCUCAGCCACAAACCAAAAAACUAUCUUUCUCAACACGCAAUCGCUACGAACCACUUAAGGUCACCGUUCUACAGACUCGGUUUUUGACGCAAGCAUGA